AUGUGUUUCGACAGCGAGUUCAGGGCGCAUCCUCCUCCUUCUCUCUCCUUCUCCUUUUCGGCGUUUUUGAAACGGGGCUCGGUUCGAGUGUUUCUUGUUUUUGUUUUUUUUUUCCCCCCCUCUUCUGGGAGCUCAAUGGCUGCGACAUUGGCGAUGAGCGGAGGCGGUGGCGGGCACGAGGAGCCCUUCUACCCGUUGCACAAGGCGUCCUUGUCCGCAGGAUUCCACCUGGAGGACUUCGGCAUGGAGUUCAAGAUGAGCGAGUCGGACAGAGGCGGACACGGCGUCUACACGCAGGCAAAGUGUGAGAUGGACCGCUAUCUCUCCCCGGAGCCAGCAGGGGUGGAUCACUUUUUCGGGGAGGCGCCCUACACCCUCAACAUGAAUCUCUUCCUCCCCGACGUAGCUUACCCGAGACCGGGCUUGGCCCAGCCGCCGCGGCCCCCCCAGCCCCACGGGGACCUGGUCCAGAUCAAGACGGAAACGGCGGAGCCGUGCUUCUCUCAGAACCUCCAGGUGGCCACGAGUAGCUGCGGCGGCGGCGGCGGCGGCCUGGAAACCAACAUGGCGGGCUUGCCCGACUUCACCAGCGCUUUCAAUCAGCCGGGCGGCGAGUCCCUGCCGGAGGCGUUUAUCAAACAGGAGAUGCCGUCGCCGUUCGAGCCGCAGCUUCACCAGCACGACGGCGGCGCCUCGCUCUUCCAGCUCCUGAUCUCGGGCUUGGAGCAUCACCACGGCGACGGCAUGGAUGCUCACCAUCAUGCCAACCCCCAGCAGCAGCAGCAGCAGCUUCCGCACUCCUCCGCCGGCGUCCACCCGCCCUUCCGUAGCCCCCAACCGGAUCAGACUGCCAAGUCUUCCUUCUGCGCCGGCCCUGCGUAUUCACGCCCGCAUGCCCACUUCUUCCAGCAGCAGCAGGCGCAGGCGCAGGCCUACCUGCCCCCCUCGCCGCCCAGCUCCGAGCCGGGCAGCCCCGACAGGCAGAAGGAGCUUCUGCACACCAUGUCGCCGCCGCCCUCGUACGCGGCCACCAUCGCCUCCAAGCUGGCGGGCAACGGCGGCGGAGGCGGCGGCGCCCCCGCACCCCCCGGACUGGCGCCCGAAACCUUGGUUUCCCCACCCGCCGCCCCGCUGCCCCACGCCCCCGCGGCCACGCAGUCCCUCACCGCCGCCCGCUACAACCGCAGGAACAACCCUGACUUGGAGAAGCGACGGAUCCACCACUGUGACUAUCCAGGCUGCAAGAAGGUCUACACCAAGUCGUCCCAUCUGAAAGCCCACCUCAGGACCCACACGGGUGAGAAGCCUUACAGAUGCACGUGGGACAGCUGCGACUGGCGUUUCGCCCGCUCGGACGAGCUGACGCGCCAUUACCGCAAGCACACGGGCGCCAAGCCCUUCCAGUGCGCCGUGUGCUCGCGUUCCUUCUCCCGCUCGGACCACCUGGCCCUGCACAUGAAGAGGCACCAGAACUAACACUUUGACCACGCCCGACGCGCUCGCUCAUGCCAUUUUGUCGUUGGUGGUGUUGUUUUCUUCAUUUUGGGGCGGGUGGGGGGCGGGAGGCGGGGUUAUAAUCCUUUUUUUUUUUUUUUUUUUGCCCCCACACCGACUCCUCUCGGUGGAUGGAUGGAGCGGGAACAACUGGGAAGCUUCAGAUGCACUCAGUCCAGACCGGCCCCCCAAAAAAGAUCCGGCAGUCCCGUUGACGAGUGUAUAACGAUGGCACUUAACGCA